AUGAAGGCUGCCAACGCGAGGCCAGAUGAGAUCCAAACAAUUUCUCAUAACAAUGCUGUGGAAGAAGUAGAAGAGGAGCCCCUGUACUCAGGGCCUUUGAAGAUUGAACAACUAUUGGCGAAGGGCUUCGUAAAAAGGGAUUUGGAGCUACUCAAGGAAGGAGGACUACAGACAGUGGAGUGUGUAGCGUACGCUCCCAUGCGAACACUAUGUGCAAUAAAAGGCAUAAGUGAACAAAAGGCUGAGAAGUUAAAAAAAGCGUGUAAGGAAUUAUGUAACUCUGGCUUUUGCAAUGCCGUUGAUUAUCAUGAUGCCAGGCAAAAUUUAAUUAAAUUCACAACAGGGUCGAAGCAGUUAGAUUCUUUACUAAAGGGUGGUAUAGAAACUGGAGGAAUAACUGAAUUAUUUGGAGAAUUUCGUACAGGUAAAAGUCAACUAUGUCACACCUUAGCUAUAACGUGCCAGUUGCCAAUUGAGCAAUCAGGUGGAGAAGGCAAGUGCCUAUGGAUAGACACAGAAGGAACUUUCCGUCCAGAGCGUAUUGUAGCUAUAGCCAAGAGAUACGGGUUGCACCCAACCGAUUGUUUGAACAAUAUAGCCUAUGCAAAGGCGUACAAUUGUGACCACCAGACAGAAUUAUUGAUAGAUGCAAGUGCAAUGAUGGCUGAUGCCAGGUUUGCUUUGUUAAUUGUCGAUUCAGCCACUGCCUUAUAUCGAUCGGAAUACAUAGGUAGAGGUGAGCUAGCCAAUAGGCAGUCUCAUCUGUGCAGGUUUUUAAGAGGCUUACAAAGAAUUGCCGACAUUUAUGGGGUUGCUGUUAUUAUAACGAACCAAGUGGUGGCGAAGGUCGAUGCCAUGAACGUGUUCGGAGGGAAUGAUAAAAUCCCCAUAGGGGGGAACAUCAUAGCGCAUGCUAGCCAAACGAGACUCUACUUGCGAAAGAGCAGAGGAGAAAGCAGGAUUUGCAAAAUUUACGAUUCGCCUGUACUUCCAGAGGCCGAGGCUGUGUUCGCUAUCACGGAGGGGGGCAUAGCUGAUUACGAGGAGAAAUGA